UGCGUCCAAGAGGCUCUACACCUGGCGGGACGAGCACAGGCCUCGGCAGCAGACGGUACCCUGACUAGGAAGCAACAUUACUUCAAGUGGAAUGAUCCUUGUGGUGUUAGGAUGCUGUGGAAGUGAUUCUUCGAAAGCUUUAUGGUGGACAGAUUCUGCAGGUUCUGUAUGGCGACGAGAGGCGAGGUGCAAGGCAAGGAGGUGUUCAUGGAGUUCAGCAGGAUUGUGGGCAAGAACCUCAAACAGGAGUUCUAUGAGAGCAUCGACCGGCACAGUCCUCGUCUCCUCGAGUUAUUUCAAUCCAAGAGAGGGAAUGUUGGACAGUUGUUGACACAGAUUUCACAACAGACCAAUACUACAGAGCCAACUACGAUCCGGACACAAGUGCUCAGAGGGCUUCCUAUCAUCCUUGGGGACAACCCUACAAACUUCUUCAAAGCAAGCUUUGAAUCUGAUGAUGAUGAUUAUUUUCGUGACCUUGACGUUGGGAAGCUUCUUAUUGAGCGUGAAGGUGCUGUGCUCACGUCUUCCCAGCAUCUCAGUCCAGCUUCGUUGAAAAUCGUCAUUGAGGGAGAAGUUGUAAUGGAGAACAUUCAAGAUCUGCCAAAAGCAAUGUGCAUUCUGUUUGGACUCAUGUAUGCACUCCAUCUUAACUACCCCAAGACCAUGAAGCUCACAUUUCAGUUCAUCCAACAGGUAUUGCUAUUGUUAGGCCAGACUGACCUAAAGCCAAAGCUACAGAGUUUGAAAAAUCAGCUCGCAAUGUAAAAAGAGAGGUCAAGUCUACUGUAAGAGGCGGUUGACUACAUUUUUCUUUUUGCCACACUAGUAAAAUACUUUCUUACCUGUGGGGUAAACCUUUUAUUUUCUGUAAAACAAGCGGACGAACAGACACACGUAAAACGCAGACACACACGUACAACACCCACACACAACACACACAAACAACACUGACACACACUUAAAUGCUGAAGGAUGUGACUUGUGUGAAAAUUAAAACUGAGAGGAGUUGUAGCAGAAAGACAUAGGCCUAAGACAUUAUUGUUCUAGUUCUUCAACCGGCUUGGUAGAUUGUUCUGAUAUGAUAGUCUGUUGGUUCAUGCUCUGUCCUCCCUUCAUUUAGGCAGAUGAUCAGAACAGAUCCUGUUUGUUUGCGUUUUCUUGUACAUUUGAGUGGGUGUUUCUGGUAAAUUUUAUUUUGUUUAUGGAUUUACCACUCAGGGGACAUCUAUGGUUUUAUCUUGUAAAUUUGUGACACCCACACACGGCAACAUACACACGGGCAACACACACGG